GCCGGUGCGGCGGUGGCGGCCGGUGCGGCGGCGGCGGCGGCGGCCAUGACGGCGCACAGCUUCGCGCUCCCGCUCGUCCUCUUCUCCGCCUUCUGGGGGCUCGUGGGCGUCGCCGCGCCCUGGUUCGUGCCCAAGGGGCCCAACCGCGGGGUGAUCAUCACCAUGCUGGUCACCACCGCCGUGUGCUGCUACCUCUUCUGGCUCAUCGCCAUCCUGGCGCAGGCCAACCCCUUGUUCGGGCCGCAGCUGAAGAACGAGACCAUCUGGUACGUGCGCUUUCUCUGGGAGUGAGCCGGCGCCUGGACGCGGACCCCCGCCGCCGUCUUGCUGCUGCUCCAGCCCCUGCCCUCCUGUAGCAGGCAGCCCCCAGCGGUGCUGGGCCUCCAGCUGGACCUGCUGCCCCAGCACCCCUGAGCACUGCAACUGGACACAGCAGCAGCUGGGCCCUCAGCCAUGGCAGGCAGGACUCCUGCCAGGCCUGAGGGCACAAGCUGUGCAGGGCCUGCCCUCAUGAGCCAGGCCCUGUACACCCAUGGUACCUGGGAGAGAGCCCAACAGCUGGCCAAGUGCUGCAGUCAGUGAUGUUGACCAGCCUGAGUCGUCUUCUGGAGGGAGAGGUCCGUGUGGACGGCCAGUACCUUCUGUCUGCAGUGCUUGCCAUGAUCCUUCCAGUCUGCUAGGCCCUAGGCUCUCUUUUGUGAAAUCCUGCUCCCCUCCCAACCUAUUAUAGGAUCCCACAUCUCUGUGGGUCCUGGCUACCCCUGUGCAUGAGAAGACAGGAGUCUAUGGUGUCCUUUCUAUGUUCAGUCCCCUGUGGGAGCCUGGGCAUGCAGUGGAGUCCUUGCUAAAAGAGGUUCUGGCUGCUGGUGGGAAAAGGGAGGUCUGACACUGGAGGAGCACGUUGACCUUCUUCAGCAUGAAAGAGGAGAUGGUACAGGUGUAGGGCAGGGAGGUCUGCUGCCAGGCAGCCAGCUCACAUUAGAGAUAAAGGGAUGCUGUGUCUUCUCCUGCCUGAGCGGUAAGCUUUAAGCAGUAGUGCAUAGGUACUAACCCUUUUGCCUGUGUUAAUGUUCGGGAAAGAACUGAGUAUCAAGUAGUACCCUAGAUCUCUUCCUUUAUUUAUCAGAUAAUUAAUCUGUAUUUAUUUAUUAUUUGUCUGUGUUUGAUGAUAAACUUGUGUUGUGGAAAUAAAUCAUUUUGUAGUAAGUGA